UGGCUGGCUUGUUCACACAUUUUGCCUUGUUCAUCACUAGGACAGGCAGAGCCGACUGCACCGUCUGUGGACUGUUGUUUUGCUUGUUUUACAAACCCUCCAAUCGCUGCAUUUAGCAGAUGGGCGCGUGCGGCAAGCUAGCUACUUCUUAGCCUACUCAAACUGCUUCACCAACUAGUUUUCUAAGUUGGAGAAAUAAACUUCUGAGAGAGACACAGCGGAGGAUACGGACACAUUUCAGAGCACGCGUACUGUUUUGACGUGCGGACUUACUUCGCGGUUAUCGUUAGCACUUUAUUACAGUUUUCAUUUGUCUUUUUCCUGCAUCUGAAGAGGGAGGAAAAAGGGGGUGGACCCACGCUCAGUCGCCGGUCUCGUGGCUUCUUUGUAUACAGCAGCAGCUGUGUGUAAAUGCAUGGGCACACAGCGUCUACUGCUCCUUGAGGGACAGGUUAUUCGGCUCAGUCCAACCUUCCUGUGGGCUAACUCAGAAAUGAAGCGGCUGAACCAGGUGUAACGUUAGGGGAGGAAUAUCAAAACUUUACCCGAACCUCCUCCCCCCUCCCCUGUCUCAUUCACCUCAACAAAGCUCGGGUCAGUUUCACCGCCUCUCUUUCUCCGUCUCUCUCUGUGCGCUUGGAUUGUAAACGGCAGAAACAAAUUGAUCUCCGUGCAGAGUCGGCUACAGCUACAGCUGCGCAGCUCCCUCACCAUGGAUGUAAGAUUUUAUCCGUCUGCUGGUGGAAAUUCUAUUCCAGGAGAUCCACCGAACCUGGAUUUUGCCCACUGUUUGGGCUACUACAACUUCAAUAAGUUCCAGAAUAACAACAACUACAUGAACAUGGCGGAGGCGAACGGUGCCCUCCUUGCUGCUGGUGAUACUUUUCAUACACCCAGCUUGGGAGACGAGGAGUUUGAGAUUCCUCCCAUUACACCUCCACCUGAGACGGAGUCUGGUCUGGGUCUAUCGGAAGUGGACUCACCUUUCCCAGCAAUGCCAGAGCCCCCAGCUCUGCACAGGGGUCACUUAAUCCCUCAGUUCCCCCCUCAAAGCCUGGAUCUGCCCUCUAUUACCAUCUCACGCAACAUGAUGGACCAGGACGGGGUGUCUGUCAACAACGGCCAACCUGUGAAUGUUGGACCCGGCCAUCUUCGCCAGUACCCACCCAACCCAGCCAUGGUGAUGAAGUCCAUCAUUAGCAUGAACAGCCCCAAUGGGAUGAUAUCACGGAAUCAGCUGACCACCAUCAACCAGUCCCAACUCAACGCACAGCUGAGCCUAAACAUGGCGGGACCCAACAUCACCCAUACUUCCCCAUCACCGCCUGCCAGCAAGUCCGCCACGCCGUCUCCCUCCAGCUCCAUCAACGAAGACGACCAGGACGAAGGCAACAGGGUCAUUGGAGAGAAGCGACCAGCCCCCAUAGAUCCCACAAAGAAGCCCAAGACUCCUAAGAAGAAGAAGAAGAAGGAUCCCAAUGAGCCUCAGAAGCCGGUGUCGGCUUAUGCCCUGUUCUUCAGAGACACCCAGGCGGCUAUUAAGGGGCAGAAUCCCAACGCCACCUUUGGAGAGGUGUCCAAGAUUGUGGCCUCCAUGUGGGAUGGCCUGGGAGAGGAGCAGAAGCAGGUUUACAAAAGCAAAACAGAAGCUGCCAAGAAAGAAUAUUUAAAAGCUCUCGCCGCAUACCGUGCAAGCCUGGUUUCCAAGGCUGCAGCAGAAUCAGCUGAGGCCCAGACUAUCCGCUCAGUCCAGCAGACUCUGGCCUCCACCAGCCUGUCCCCAGGCCUGGUGCUGCCUUCACCCCUCAACCAGCACCCCUCCAUGUCAUCAGCUUCCCAGGCCCUCCAACAAGCCCUACCACGGGCCAUUGCCCCAAAACCUCUGCAGAUGAGACUAGGGGGCAGUCAGAUCGUCACCUCGGUUACGGUCUCCCACCAGAACAUGUCCUCCGGGAUGCCACCGCAGAUGCUCGGCCAGAUGGGUGCCGGAGGGGGCAUGGUGGCGGGUGCCCAGUCCACAGCGGUGUCUCAGAUGAGCCCACCCAUGCAGCCGGUGCAGCAGCAUGCGAUGCAGCAGCAGAUGCAGCAGCAGCAGAUGCAGCAGCACCUCCAGCACCAUCAGAUGCAGCAGCAGCAGAUGCAUCACCAGCAGAUCCAGCAGCAGAUGCAGCAUCAGCAUUUCCAACACCACCUCCAGCAACAAUUGCAGCAGCACCACAUGCAGCAGCAGCAGCAGCAGCAACAACAACAGCAACAGCAGCAGCAACAGCAGAUGCAGCUGCAGCAUAUGCAGUUGCAGCAUCAGCUGCAUCAGCAGCAGAUUCAACAUCUCCAGCAGCAGCAGCAGCAGCAACAACAACAACAACAACAACAACAGCAGCAGCAGCAGCACCAGUCCCAGUGUUCCCCACCCCAGCACUCUCCUGGUACACCCCAUUCAGUGGGAGGCUCUGCAUCGCUCGGCAGCCCCCAGCCGGCCCCACAGCAGCAACCACACCCCUCCCAAAUCCAGGCCCACGCCCAGGUCCUGUCCCAGGUCAGCAUUUACUGAGCCAAAUUGAAAUCCUAUCUCAAAGAACAGGAAUAGAAUAAAAGCAUCAUUCCACGUUGCUUUUCGAAGUUGCACUUAAGAAGUGUGUAAGAUUUAGAAUGUUAUACAAAGACCUUGUCCAUUGUUAUAGACGGAUAUGCACACGCGUGUACAGGGGGUAAACAUGUCAACUGGGUUUUUUCUGUCAUAGGCUUAGCUAUGACAGAAGCCUGUUAGGGUGAGCGCCCAGUGAUUGUUUAUUUGUUUGUUUGUGAGGUCUUUCAGUUAUCAAAUUAAACUGACUAGGCACACAGUAUGUUGAAAGAUGUGUGUCUUUCACUGUUUUAUUUAACAAUAAAGCUUUAUUUAUGAGGCCAGAGUUGUCAGUUCAGCGCAGCAAAAGGACAUUUUGAAUGCGUUUCAACAAAAGGAUUUCUAUCAGCUCUUGCCUGGACUGAGUGACUCACAGGAUCCUUGCUGGAAACCAGUAACCCACACAUCAGUCUUUGUUCCCACACUGGCCAGUAUAUAGCGAGACUUUCUUUACUCCAACCUUUCUCUUUCACCCAUCAGUCUCGCAGAUGUAACUGUUCAACAAUGGCGUGGAGGAAAUGGCUGAUCAAAUCAUCACUCGUUGGAGGCCCAGUGAUAUUUGAACACAUUUAAACCAUGUCACAAAUGCAGACAAUGGCUUGAAGAAUAAGCAGAACUGAAAAUAAAAAGUAUUGGGACUCAGAUCUCUGGAUGAACGACUGAACAGACUGAAACUGCCAUAAAUCAUUUAUAUCAUCACAUCAUCAAACUGUAGAUGUAAUCUGCUGUACAUGUUUUGUAGAGUGGGGCGAGACGAGACCUCCGUUAUUCAGCCCUCCAGAUGAUUUGCCCAAAAGCUUGUAACUGGCACCCCCCUCCCCCCCAAAAAAUCUUCUUUAAUCUAUUUGUUUUUACUUCAGAUGUUUAACAGUUAAAUUAUGUUUUUAUUUUGUGUAACAAAGGGGAUAUUUUAUGGUAAAUACAAAUUUCCAGAUCAGGGCAGAUGGUUUGGGCAUUGAUGUAUUUUUACUCUGCUCCUUGAUACCGUAAUUGUUUUAAAAAAGGAAAAAAGAAAACUAGCAGAGCCAGUUUGUUGCACUGCCAAAGCCAACUGAAAAGGCAUCGGAGGUAUUUUUGCCAGCUGUACAGAAGUCCCUGGGGAAAAAAAAGAAAAUGUUGUACAUUUUUCAUAUCACCUGUUGUACAUUUUUAAUAUGUGAGGCUUUAAUUAAAACAUUGUUAAACGACCUGUGGAUUGCUAUAUCACAUAGUGCAUUUCUGCUCUUUUAUACUUUUUUAUGAGUUACAAUAGCAGCGAUUAAUUUUGUUUGUAUUUUGCUUACAAACCAACUGCUUUUGACAACUGUCCAUAGAAUAAAUGCAUAUUGGUAUGGAACUCUUGAAAAGUUGUUUUCAGCUCACGGUAGGAAAAGUAAUUUAAUGUUUGAGUUUUUGCUCGACCAUAAAGAUGAAUCCAGAGACAUUCCAUCACUGAUAGUAGCCAUAAUUUUGUAUGAAGUAUUAUAUAUUUCUUUGUGUCUCUGUUCAAAAUUAAACUAUCACUCACAAAUAUUGAUUGGACGGAAUCGGUUUAUUUCAAAAAGUUAUAUUAGCCAUAAUUUCUAUGAGAUAUUUCUCCACGUCUCCUUGUUAGCUUUUGAGAAUAAAUACACUGAUAAAUAUUCAUAGCACUCAGUUCUUUAUGAGAUAUUGAAAAAUAAAUUUGUAUGUUUUCUAUGGAGUAAUUCUAUAAGAGAAUAGAGAAAAAUACUUUGCAGGGGUAUAUGAGCAUUCAUGUUGGCAUUAUUAUAGUGUGUGCUGUUUCUCAGUGAUUUGAAUGGAAGUCCAUUGUAACUGUGUGUAAAAAAAACAAAAAAAAAACAGUGUUGAUACUGGACAAGGUCAGCAUGUAACUGGUACUUGCCUCAAUAACAGUCCCCUUCUCACACACCA